AGACAUUACGGUAAGGGCUGAACUGAUGUGUCUGGUUUAUGGGAAGCUGCUCAGAGUGGAGACGGUCGAGCUGCGGCGCAACAUCACGAGCUUCCUCCGCCUCAGUGUCGCCUGGAUUAACGAGCUGUUUAAAGCGAGUUUCUGUCUCUGGCGCUUCUCUUUUACUCUGCAUCGUUACGGUCGCCAACAGAGACUAUUUCGCAUCGGACAGAGACGCGUUUUCUCCUCGGGGCUGUUUGGCUUUUCAUCGCAGCGACGAUCUCCGCAGCUUCACCUACAGCAGCAACGAGAGAUCAUGCUGGAGCGAUGAGAGACCCAGGACCCCAGAUGCGCUGAGGGCUUUGUUUCUUCACCGGGUGAGAUCAAAUAUCUGGGAGAGCAAGAACCAAGUGAAGACUGAAGCAGGAGAAGAAGUGAGAGAGAGUGAAAGGAGGUGUUUGGUUGGAACGGCAGACGGAGGGAACAGAAGGGCUGGAUGCCAGCGUCCAUCGGCUGCAGCAGCUCCCAGGUGCCUCAGAGAUGGCCUCCAACUUCAAUGACAUUGUCAAGCAAGGCUACGUCCGCAUGCGGAGCAGGAAGCUGGGGAUCUAUCGGCGCUGCUGGCUGGUGUUUAAGAAAUCCUCCAGUAAAGGGCCUCGACGUCUGGAGAAGUACCCUGAUGAGAAGUCGGCUUACAUUAGGGCCUGUCCUAAGGUGACAGAGAUCAGUAAUGUGAAAAAUGUGACGAGGCUGCCACGCGACACCAAGCGCCAAGCUGUGACCAUCGUCUUCACCGAUGACACCUCUCGGACUUUCACCUGUGAAUCAGAGCUGGAGGCGGAAGAGUGGUUUAAAACCCUCUCAGUUGAGUGCCUGGGCACCCGACUGAAUGACAUCAGUCUAGGGGAACCUGACCUUCUGGCUGCCGGAGUUCAGUGUGAGCACAAAGAGCGAUUUAAUGUGUUUCUGCUGCCCUGUCCCAAUCUGGACAUCUAUGGAGAGUGCAUGAUGCAGAUCACUCAUGAAAACAUCUACCUGUGGGACAUUCACAACCCUCGCACCAAGUUAGUCACUUGGCCCCUCUGCUCGCUCCGCCGCUAUGGUCGUGACGCCACUCGUUUCACCUUUGAGGCAGGCAGGAUGUGUGAUAGUGGUGAGGGCCUGUAUACUUUCCAGACACGGGAAGGGGAGCAGAUCUACCAAAGGGUCCACUCUUCUACGUUGGCCAUUGCUGAGCAGCACAAGAAAGUCCUCAUGGAGAUGGAGAAGAACAGUAGGGUGAGAUGUACACUGCGUCUCAGUCAGGAGCGGAGUCUGACCUCUUUUCUGCACACCUUCCCCCAGGACACAACUCCACUCUUCCAGUGGGUCACAACCGCCAACAUGCAACACAUUACCCCACUUAUCCCAGCCAGUGAGGGGCUUAACAGAGAAAACCUUCAGGUUUCAUGCCUGAAAAUUCCUCCAAACUGUGCUCUGUCCCAAGUCUUCUCAUUUGCCUCUUCUCACCAGGGGCAGAUUUGUGACACCAUGCUAUACCCAGCCUUCCCUAAGAGUAGCUGAGGGCCCUUCCUGAGAGGAAAUCCACUGUUAAGCGUGGAAUGGAUUGGGGCUUUUUGCAAAUGUGACAAUAACACAAGGUUUUUGUCAUAACAUUGGUAUUGACACAGUUGCCCACAGAGGUCAUGGUUUUUGGCAGGGGGCAAGACUUUAGGUUUCUAAUGCCUCUAUCUCUGUGUCUGUAACCCAUGCACGGUCUCUGUCUCUGUCUGUGUGUUGGUGCAUGUCUCCUGUGACUGUGAGGGAGUUUCGAGAUUAGUAGCAGGCCUGCCUUUGGUUUAGAUUACUUGGAAUACAUCCAAGAAUGAAUAUAAGAACAUAGUACUAGAGUAGAUAGGCUUCCACUUCACCUUCCUGCCAGCUUUUACCUACUUCAGCACUGAAACUCUUGUUCUCAGCAUGAGAGCAUUAAAAUUCUGUCAUGCUUUAAACACAGAAGCUCAGUUGUGUCUGUGACACUUCCCUCAGUCUGGGGCCAAGGGAGGAACUUGAGAGAAGCCUAGGUUACUUCUGUGAAGAACACAGACUUUCCAUCCUUCAUUCACUUUUCUUUUCCUUUCUUUUGUCUCUCAUUCUCCAUCAUAUGCCUUUUCAAGAAUGGUGACUGAGGAGUUUUGUUCGCAGCAUGGAAAGAAAAGUGGAGGAAAGUGACAAUGAGAUCUGUGGUGGAUUAAUACAUCAUUUACAGGCUGCAAGAGUCUGUGACUCUUCCUGCUCACUAAUGCAUGAAGCUGCUGACCUUGUGAAGGAGACCAGAACUCCAGUCUGUCUAAAUGAUCUUCUGAGGGUCAGAGCUAAGCAUGACCUACAGAUCCACAGAUAAAGAAGAAACUUAUGGAUAUGAGUGUACCCAGUACAGAUGGUUGUGUGACAUCUCUCGUUGGAUUUUUGUAAACAAUGUGUGUAUUUACAUUAACCAACAAAGCACAAAUGAAUGGCAUUUUACUGCAGUUAACUUUCCACUGGUAGCCAAAAAAUCCUGCAGCUAAAAAACUGCAGAUGUGACUCAACAUUAUUCCUCUGAAGCAGUAAUUUAGCAUAGUAGCAGGUGUUUCUUGAGAUACUUUAUGUUGAAGUUUGUUUCUUUUGUUUUUGUUCUAUUAAAUACUUAAGGAAUAGGUUUGGUGAAAGGUUCUGAAAGGAACAUUUGCAUUGCAGUUUUACACAGAGAGUUCCAAGACUGUUUACUGUGUUCCACUCAGAAGUCUAUUGUUGAGUCCAAUAUUUAGUGCCCUAAAUAUCUCGGGAUUACCUCUCCUAGCCAUCCACUUCCCCAUGACCUUCACUAUCUGCCACACUGAAUGAUCCUCCCUACCGGGUGGGAUUCCUGAACUGUAGUCAGUGGAGAUUCUUGGUGACAUCAUAUGUUGUAUCCUUGAUUCUUUGUCAUCCCAGAGAAGUUGGUGCCAUUCAUUAUGUUGCGAUGCACUGAGCUUUAUUUUGAAUGCUUAUUCAAUGCUGGAAUCCAUAAACAUGCAUGCAAACACUUAGAGGCACACACACACACACACACACUGUGUAUUAUUUAUAUUAAACAAAAGAAGGGCUAAAUUUACAUGCACAUGUUUCUACAUUUUGUUCUUUGUGUAAACUGUUUCUGACACCCACUAAGCUCAUGUAUGUGAACUAUUUAUUUCACAAUCAAGUGAUUGUAUGUUACUGAGCAAAAGGCAAGCCACUAUUUGUGUGUUUGUAGACUGUAUGUAUGGAUAAAUGACAAAUGGAGGAUGGACUGCAUCACAAUACAUCUGUAGGUUCUCCACAGUUCUUUGUGGGGAUCUUUUUCAACUGACUGUUGAAAUAUGUAUGUGGGGGUUACUUUUCAUAAAGGAAAAAAACACCUUAAAAGAGUGAUGGUUUGUUCUCUUGAGAGCUUCUGCACAAAUUAAUACUCCUACAUUCUGUACCCAUAAAUGAGGGUUUGUGUGUGGUAGAGUGUGCGUGUUGUGUCCAUUAGUGCUUUAGAGUUUGUAUCUUCCACAACCCUCUUUGUUGUCUUAUAGAGAACUUGACUUGCCGUUUCUCAUUUUCAUGUGCUCUUCUUGUCGUUAUCACACUCACUUUUCCCUGUUAAACAGAACCCAAGAUAAAGACAGUAGUAGCUGAAAUUAAUUAUGAGCUUGACACUAUAUCAACGCCCCGAUGAAUGUUAAGACUGCCAAAGGGAGGCUAAGCAUAUCUUCAGAAUGAAUUCAGAUCAUACUUUAGACAAUUGGCAAAGUAAACUUUGGAUUGUCAAGACAACACAACUAAUUUGGUAUGUUAAAUAAUUGAUUGAUCACCUUUAGUGAAAAUCACCUGUAUUUCAUGCAAUGAGCAGUGAGUGAAAUAUUUUUUUCAUAUCUAGUUAUUUCAGACAUUAUUUCACCAAUAUGUCAUAACUAUAAAAUACUGACAGCAUUGCAGCUGCAGCAAUUUUUAGUGUCCUCCUGUUAUUUAAUAUAAUUUCACAAUCUUUAUAAUUGAUUUGUUCUCACUGACAAUUCACAAGGAGUCAUCUUUUAAAUAAGCUAAUGUAUUAUGUUAUUUAUAUACCUAGUACUGCUAAUAAUUUAUACAAAAAUAAGUACUGUGGAAAAAAACAGACCACCCUUCAUUUAUUUAAUUUCCAGUCAAAACAGCCAAUAUAUACAAGUUACUCGUUUUUAGCGUCAGGAAAACAUUUAACAGAAAAUUACAGGGAAUCCUAAAAAACUGAAAAGUAUUUAGUGUGUUCACACUUAGUCUUUACUGCAACUUCCAUUCAUUUCAGGGACAUAAGUAGCAUUUUUUGCUUCUCUCAAAGUGAUCACAAAACCCAUUCAGUGACAUUGAGGUCUGGGGAGGCCACUCCACUGUUCUGAGAACACCAGCAGCUUCUUUGUUUGAUUUGCAAAUGAUGUUCUUUUAUUUCUCAGAAAUGGCUUCAUAAAAGCCACCCAUCCUUCAGAACCAUAGUGCUUAACUGUCUUCUCACAGUGUUGCACAGCUUUUCUUUAGAUUGGCACAAGGUUGUUAUGAGUCCCAUUUUCUUGAGAUCUUUAACAAGUUAUUGAAUUUUGAUUUUGGAAACUCCUGUUUUAACUUAUUUUCAUUUGACUUUCUCAUUCUUAUGCAAGUGGUUUAUCUUACAUAAUGUCCUCAGAAAUACCUCCAUAAAAAUUAAUUACAUUAAUUACAUUACUUUAUGGCUGUUUUUGACUGGGACUUAAAUAAAUGAAUAAUGUGCAAAUUGAGUGUUGCAGUGUCCUACAUGUAAAACAAAUACAUUGAUAUCCAAACUAACCGAUCUUAGUGAAACACUCAAUUGGCACAUCACAUAUACUUGACACAGCAUAAUGUGGGUUUCAAUUAAAUAUGUCUGAUGAAAAACUAUAACACGGGUGGGCACCUGGAGUCCAGCACAGUUUGGCAGUUUUCCUGGUCAUACACACCUACUAACCUAUUAAUUAGGUGGAAACAAGUAUAUUCGAUCGUCCACCCCUGAUCUGGAAGAUCAUGUCUUUGCUGCAGAGCACUUAAGCAUUAAAACUUCAUCAUUCCUGUUUUUUUUAUGCAUUUUCUCCAUUGUCCUCUGAAGUCUGGCUGCUUUUAAAUGCUACAAUAUUUGAUUGUGUGUUCAGUUUCCACAUGAAGGGCCAGUAAUAAAGUCAGAGGCACACAGAUGUACCAAAAUGUUGUUUUUUUUAUUAUUCAGAAGCCUAACUAAAGAUUUCUGUUUUCUCAGAAUAUUGGAGAGACAAAGCUUAGACAAAUAAGAUCGAAGCAUGUCGCUAUGGAUAGAAACCUCUCGCAUGAGUGCAUUUCACAAAAUACCAUACGUGUCAUGUAAUGUUUGCGGUACAUUUUUUUUUUACAAUAAAAUAUGUUUUUUACACUA